CUUCCUUCGUCUUUUUUCCCUUCUUUUUCCUUCCUUUCUCUCUUCUACUGCUUCUCCAUCUUUGUAAUUCCCCCCCCCUGUUAGGGUCCAUUUCUUCCCCUCCUCUUCCUGUGGAUCUUCUCCCCUCCCGCCUCCCCUUUCUUCCUCUCUUCUUCUCUUUGAUCAACAUCACAUCAUGUCCAAAUCUCGUCGGAACGUCAGGUUUCAACAUCGGGCCGGCGCCGACCAGCGCCGCCCAAGUAUCUCGGAUGUCAGCGAUGCGGCCUCUGAGCCGAGCAGUCCAUCUAAGAAUGGUAACGUCUCGAAACCCUCGACAAUUCCUGAAGAGCAAUCCGAAUACGAGAAGAAGAAGCAGACCUUCAUCACACGAACAAUAUGGACGUUUGUUAUGAUUGCCGGUUUCUUCAUCUCUAUGUUCUCGGGUCACAUCUACAUCCUUGGCAUCGUAACCGCUAUACAGAUUGUCUCGUUCAAGGAAGUCAUCGCCAUCUCCAAUGUCCCUAGCAAAGAGAAGAACCUGCGUUUCACCAAGUCGCUCAACUGGUAUUUCCUGGCUACGACCAUGUACUUUUUGUAUGGCGAGAGUGUUAUCUACUACUUCAAGCAUGUCCUUUUGGUCGACAAGAUCCUCCUGCCUCUGGCCACCCACCACCGUUUCCUCAGCUUCAUGCUCUACGUCAUGGGUUUCGUCUUCUUUGUCGCCUCGCUCCAGAAAGGACACUACCGGUUCCAGUUUACUCAGUUUGCCUGGACACAUAUGGCGCUCUACUUGAUCGUUGUUCAGGCGCACUUUGUUAUGAACAACGUCUUGGAGGGCAUGAUUUGGUUCUUCCUUCCGGCUUCCUUGGUUAUUACGAAUGACAUCUUCGCCUACGUCUGCGGUAUCACCUUCGGUCGCACCCAGCUGAUCAAACUGUCGCCCAAGAAGACUGUCGAAGGAUUCAUUGGCGCUUGGGUCUGCACCAUCAUCUUCGGCUACUUCAUGACCAACAUUCUGAUGCGCUACAAAUAUUUCAUUUGCCCCGUCAAUGAUCUCGGAUCCAACGUUUUGACCGGCUUGGAGUGCACUCUCAACCCGGCCUUUGUUCCCCAGCCUUACACAUUCCCCGAGUGGACCGGAUUGGGUACCUUCUACAUUGAACCCAUGCAGUUCCACAUCUUGGUUUUCGCGAGUUUCGCCUCUCUCAUCGCUCCCUUUGGAGGUUUCUUCGCAUCGGGACUCAAGCGGACUUUCAAGAUCAAGGAUUUCGGCGAGUCUAUUCCGGGCCACGGUGGUAUCACCGAUCGCAUGGAUUGUCAGUUCAUCAUGGGUUUCUUUGCCUACAUGUAUUACCACAGCUUCAUUGCCGUGUACAAGUCCACCGUUGGUGAUGUCAUGGAAGCUGCCAUCAACGGCCUCACAAUCGAAGAACAACUCGAGGUUGUUAAAGGCUUAGGCAAAUACCUGUACAACCAGGGAACUGUCUCGGAAACGAUCCUGAACUGCCUAGACACCGAACUCACACGCCAAUAAGCGCGUAUAACGACCCGUGUUUUUCCAUUUUUAUUUCGAUAACGAGCUCAACCUCCUACUCCCCUUCUAAAUCCUCCCCAUGAAGCGGAAAAUUGCGAAACAUGGAAAUUACUUUUAAUCGCCUUUAACAUUGUAUCUUCUUCACUUUAGACUUCCACCUUGAGGGUGCUCUCAUCUAUCUCAUCAAUCGGAACGGAUCCAACGAAACAAAUCAACCAUCUUCAUACUCUACACCAGAGGUCAUGGGAGAUCUCUCCCCUCUCACCUCUUUUUUUUGUUUCUCUAUGUGCUGAACUGUAACUUGUCAUCGUAUUGAGUCCUUGAUGUAUACAUGUCAGGAAAGAAAAAAAAGCCAAUAGUGUCAGACACAGGCUCUUA